UGCGUGUCUCCCUGACCCUGUCCCUCUCGCGAUCUCUGACCCACCUGUCCCUCUGUCCCUCGUCUUCCUUAUUCCGAUCUCGCUGCCUCCGCGUCCCCAGUCCUGUCUUUUCAUAUCACUCCUUGUCUCUGCUCCAGUGUCGCUGUCCCUGCUGUCCCAAACCCCCAAACAAUCUGUCUGGUGGGGGUGGGGACUGUCAACACAAUUAAGAUAGCAGUCACUGUCCCUGCUCUGUGGUGGCGCCUGGCCACAUUAGGAGCCCUCUCCUGACCCUAGUAGUACCUCCAGAGCCCCUCUGACCCAAGGGCAAGAGGAGUCCUGCAGCUGGUGAAGGCUGCCCGCAGCCAUCCUCUGUGGUCUGGGUACCACUCCAUGGGGCAGCAGGUGGCCCUGCAGCCCCCUUCUGUGAGUAUGGAGCAGCAUUUCUGGGUCUCAGUCACUUCCUUUUACCCCUGUGCUCAGUCCCCAUUCCAGAGGUCCCUACCAGUGGGAAAGACUGUACUCCUGCCCCCUCCCCACAACCCCCAGUGACUCAGCACCUUGACCACAAACAGUUCUGACUGAAAGCUGACCCUCCUGCUUCUCAGAUAGGAACACCCAGGCCUAAGGGGAUAUGUCCAUAUUGAAGCAGGGGCAUUACUGGGUGUGGCCCCAGGUGUCUUCUCAAUUUAGCUCCCUGCCCAUAUCUCCAUCUACCCACCCAGGCCCCAUUGGGCUGCUGUGUGAUCCCAACCCUGUAGCAUACCUUCUCUGAUUCAGGCUAGGCAUUAGAUUGAUUCUUUAGACCCACUGACCCUGAGGAGAUCAUCCAAAGGGAGUGAGGACUUGAAGCUAUGAGGGCUCUCUGUCCAGGUUUUGGUCUGCAUCUCUUUUUUAGGCCUGCUGGGCUGCCCUUUGCUGGGCUUUGGGGGACCUGGAAGUUUCUGGUCCCUGAGAGGCUGUCUUACUGCCUCUGGUGCCUUUCGUCUCCUCUUCUCAGUAAAUAAAAUCUGCUGAUCUUUGCCUCCCCACCCUCACCUCCCUUGGGCACUCACACACCUACCCACAGCCCUCACAUAAAGUUGUCUCUGUGGGAAGCCCCGGCCCUGAAAGGGUUAACCCUAGGCUGCUCCUUGGGACACUAGUGGGAAAACUGAGGUAUGGCAAAGAAGGGAAUGGCCACUUCCUGCACAGGCAUGCAGGGGACCGGCUCAGAGGACGAAGACUGGGGUGGACUGUGGGUGGCCAGAGUUGGGGUUCAGGUCUGGUUUGGAUCCUUGGACUGCAUCUUGACCCAUCUCUGCACCUUCUUCAAGCUGGGACAUGCCAGGGGCUGAUGCAUCAGACAGAACUCAGGCUGGCGUCCAGGUGUGGGAGGUGGGGUGCAGGAGCUGGCCUGGGGCACCCCAUGGAGCCAGGCUCUGCAGGAGCAGGGAGCAAGCAGUGGGACCUGCUGUGCGCCCUUCCUGUGCCUCCCUUGUUGGAAAAGCACCUGCCGGCUGAGCUGAGCAGGCGGCUGGGGCAGGCUGAGCAGGAGGUUUUCCGCAGAGCAGACAAGAAUGAUGAUGGCAAGCUCUCAUUUGAAGAGUUCCAGAACUAUUUUGCCGAUGGGGUUCUCAGCCCCGGGGAGCUACGGGAACUGUUCAGCAGCAUUGACGGCUGUCCCACUGACAAUUUAGAAACAGAGAAACUAUGUGACUACUUCUCCAAACGCCUGGGUGUCUACCGGCCUGUGCUGGCUGCACUGGAGUCACUGAACCGUGCAGUACUCACUGCCAUGGACGCCACCAAGCUGGAGUAUGAGCAGGCCUCCAAGGUGGACCAGUUUGUGACACGUUUCCUGCUGCGGGAGACCGUGGGCCAGCUGCAAGCUCUGCAGAGCUCACUGGAAGGAGCGUCGGAAACCCUGGAGGUCCAGGCCUGUGGCCUGCGGUCAAGUGAACAGAAUGUGGAAGUGCAGAGCAGGCCCUGUGGCAGCCGGCGGGCAGGACGCAGGGCCCUGAGGAACAUCAGCCGGUCACCGUCCUGGUCUCCUGGUUCCUCUGACAUAGGACAGAGCUCAGAGGCGGAGAUGCAGUGGCGGCUCCAGGUGAACCGCCUCCAGGAGCUCAUAGACCAGUUGGAGUGUAAAGCCCCCCGGCUGGAGCCCCUGCAUGAAGAGGACCUUGCUAAUGGUCCUGACUCGCACAUCCUCGUCGCCCAGAGGCAGGUGCAGGUGGCAGAGGAAGCCCUGGAGGACUUCCACCGGGCCCUGUGCUGCUACGUGGACUUCACCAGAGCCCAGAGCCACUGUCUGCAUGUAUCCGCUCAGAAGCUGCUGGGCAGCGCCUCCUUCAGCCUGUACGAGUUCUGGCGGGAUGAAGCCUCCUGGAGAAGGCACCAGCAGUCACCCUGCAGCAAGGCCUUCCAGCGCAUCCUCAUCGACCACCUGCGGGCUCCAGACACCCUCACCACCGUGUUCUUCCCAGCCUCCUGGUGGGUUAUGAAUAACAACUGAGCCUGACCUGCUUAAGCUGAGGACCCUGAGGCCCUGCCUGUCUCCUUCUAGAGCCUUCUGCACUGGUCAACUCAACACUAAAACCAAGGAUGCUGCUUUCUCCUGGAAGCCCCAGGGCCUGGCCCGCUGGGGGAGGCUCAGCCCAGGGAUCGGGGACUGGGCUGCUUGCUAUUUACUUAUUUAUUAGUGUGAAUUCUGGUCCCCUCUGCCCCUGCGUUGUUGUGAUCAGCCAGGUCCCUUCCCUCUCUGGCUGCCUAGUGGCGUCCUGCUUCCUUCCUGCUGUCUUGGGGCCAGGCUUCUGCUCUUCCCCAACCAGCAGCAGAACCAGGGCUGAGCUCAGGGACCCCCAACCCCCCAAACCUCAACCCCUGAGGUUGGGCCAGAUCAGUAUAUGGGGUAGGGACUUGGGUGUCCCCAUCACCCUCCUGGGCCAGCACCAGACUUCCAUCCAACACCUGAGGCUACACCACGGACCUCUGGAGGAACCUGGGCUGGUCUGCAUAUAAUUUGCAUAUCAUUUGCAUGCUCACAACCCAUCCAUUCUCAGGGCACUAUGGGAAGCCCCCAAGGUGACCUUGUCAAGUAGCAAUAAUUUGGGCUUAGAGUCACCUGCUGUCCCCAGAGACUUCUGAACCCCAGCCCACGACCCCAGCACAGAGGCAAUAAAGGCAGUAGUCACCUCUCA